GACUUAUUACUUUUUCCUGGGGUCCCAAAGAAGACCUUGAGGCACGCCCGUUAAAAAUUUCAUCGGCUUAGAAUUUAUAGCGUUCGCUGUUAGAUUUUGAGAUAAAAAUAACGAGUUUAAUGAAGCGAUUUAUAUACUGUUGCGAAACGAGAAUAUUACUAUUAGUCCCCGUAGGCGGAAAAAGUCAUUAUGCCUUUUGUUGCUAAUGUCUACUGAAACCAGAGAACCGUAUCUAGCCUCACGCGAAAACCAAUUAAUUGAUCAUUAAAUAUGAGUGUUUAUUUUUUCUCGAUUUGUGGGUCGGAAGACAACGUUUUCCUUUUUUAAUGCUUUGUAAGCCAAUUAGUCAGCUCUUGUUUUACUAGAGUUAGGUUUCUUAAAGCUCCGAACAUUGUUACCUGCUCGCACACCACGAAAAGAAAGGCAACGAAACCUGACCAGGACAUAUAGUCUUGACAUUCGCAAAGAAAACGCCAUGAAAUUUCUUUUAUUCCUCUCCUUUUUAAUUUCUAACCACGUUAUUUCUCUUUCGGCGAGAUUAUCUGGGAGAACUGCCAAUAAGCUACAGUUUGAUAACGGGAAGUUUAAGGUUCGUUGGAAUUACUUGCCAGAAUCACAAGAGAUUGAGUUUAAAUUGAGAGUGAAAACGACUGGUUAUGUGGCACUGGGACUGACGAGAACCAACUCUGGUAUGGAAGACCUGGAUCUGUUUGUUGGAGGAUUCGAUGGAUAUUUACAGACUGCAUAUCUAGAGGACAGACACGCGACAAGUCUUAGCUCUCCAACAUUUGACACAAACCAGGACUACACCCUAAUAAGCGCCAGUGAACACAAAGGAAUAACAAAGAUUCACUGCAGAAGAAAACUGAUUACCAACGAUGACAAAGAUUUCCAAAUUAAGGCGGGUGAAAAAGCGUACUUCGCGUGGGCCACCCACCCUCGCGAUUACCUUCAAUACCACACCAAGCGUGGCUACAGUUCACAAAUGCAUGUCCUGGUGCCACUAAUGUUUCCCACAACACCUCCUCCAACCCCAUCUCCAACACCCUCAUCCCUGACAAACAAGCUACAGUUCAACAAUGGUAAUUUCAACCUCACCUGGGGCUAUCUGUCCGAAUCUCAAGAGAUCGAGUUUAAAGUCCGUGCAAAAACUACCGGGUAUGUAGCUGUUGGCAUGACGAAAACAAACUAUGGGAUGAAAGACUUGGAUCUGUUCUUCGCUGGGGUCACGUCGUACUCCAGGACUGUGUACCUUAAGGAUAAACACGUGAAUGGUUACAAAGCUCCCCGACAGGACGCCAAGCAGGAUUAUACUCUUAUUAGUGGUAGCCAAUUUGGUGGAAUAACGACCAUCCACUGUAAGAGAAAACUGAUCACCAACGAUAAUAAGGAUAUCCAGAUACAGGCUGGUGAGAAAGUGUACUUUGCCUUUGCAACUCACUACAGAAACGAUUACCUUUCUUAUCACACAUCACGUGGUUACAGCUCACAAAUGUACGAGAUUGUGCCAGCUGCCCCACCUACCCCUCCCAUAGCGCCAAGUAUCGUAUAUGACAAAGAGAUUUCAUUUCGUAACGGCAUCUACCGCAUGUUCUGGAAGUUCGACUCAACCACAAAUGAGUUAUUCUUUAAAUUAAGAGCGAGAGCUAAUGGUUGGGUUGGCCUUGGAUUGUCGAACAAGAAUCGCCACAUGGAGGAGAUGGAUGUCGUAAUCGCUGGAGUAAAAGAUGGACACGGUUACAUAGGGGACUAUUUCUCUUACCAACUGGCAGUCCCAGUAAAGGACCAAAAACAAGACAACAUCCUGCUAAGUGCCACAGAAAGCGAUAGGACAACAACUGUUGAGUUCAAGAGGAAAAUUGCUACAGGAGAUUAUAUGGAUUUACAAAUAAAGCCUGGAAAGUCGUACUAUAUAGGUUGGGCGUAUCAAAGUUUCAGCGACAACCUUGUGUAUCACUCACUCAGAGGGUAUAGUGAACAGAAAGUGGUUUUGAUCGAGCUGAAUGGUAGUUCAGUAACAUCAACAUCAUCAUCAUCAUCAACAACNACAACACAAGAAAUACCACCAUAUGCACCUACAUCUUCAUCAUCAUCAACAACAACAACACAAGAAAUACCACCAUAUGCGUCAUCAUCUACAACAGCAAAAGCAGCAUCAGUAAAAGUACAGGCAACACCAACUUCAACAAAACUGAUGCAAGCAACAACCUCAUCAGCAACUCCGACACCAUCGCUUCAAGAACCAACAUCAGCAGCAGGAACAUCGGCUACCACAACGGUUACCAUAACGAAGACUGUCACUAAGACUGUAACAACAACACUGAUAAUGCCAACCAAGACAACAACAGUAACAGUGACGGUAACAGCGACUCCUGCCAAAAUCUACGAAUGAAUUCGUCAAGUGGAAAGGAAGAUAUAUUUGCAGCAUUGCCAGAAUCUCCUUCUCUGCUCGCUAACAAACGUUAUAGGUUUUUUAUACCCAAUGGUAAAAGGGAAUGGAUUCACAUGGGCCCUAAGACCCCUGUCUAAGACCCUUUAAUGACACUAGAGAAAAGCGUUUGCGCAUGCGUGCAUUUUAGCACGUUUUCUAAGAAUUUUGAAGAGUUUGAGUGAGAAAAUAAAUGUUUGUUUCCUCCAAGUAUACUAAAGAGUAUACUUUUGUCAG